AUGCAGCCAGCAUUUGUAAACCUCUUCAUGUGGCUCUUUGUCCUGCUGUUUCUGCUGGGAUUCCUGGCCAAUGGCUUCAUCGUGGUGGUGCUGACCAGACACUGGAGGCGGCUUGGGAGGCUGCCCCGCUCUGACAUGAUCCUCAUCGGCCUGGGUGUCUCCCGUUUCUGCCUGCAGUGGGUUGGAAUAGUGCACAAUUUCUACUACUUCUUCCAGCUGGGGGAGCUCAACCGGGGUCCCGUGCAGCAGCUCUUUAAUCUCCACUGGAACUUCCUGAAUGCAGCCACCUUCUGGUUCAGUGCCUGGCUCAGUGUCCUCUUCUGCCUGAAGAUCGCCAACCUUACCCACCCCACCUUCCUCUGGCUCAAGUGGAGGUUCCCAGGGUCGGUGCCCUGGCUUCUGCUGGGUUCUCUCCUGGUCUCCUGUGUCGCUGCCCUGUUCUCCUAUUGGGUAAACCACACUGCAUAUCAAGGGUUCUAUAUUAGAAAACUUUAUGGGAAUAUGACCUACAAGGAGUGGAACAGGAGGCUGGAGAUUCUGUAUAUCCUGCCCAUAAAAUCUGUCACGUUGUCAAUCCCUUGCUCUGUUUUCCUGGUCUCAACUGUGCUGUUGAUGAACUCUCUGAGGAGACACACUCAGGUGAUGCGGCAGAAUGGGUCCAGCCCGCAGGAGCCCAGCACCCAGGCCCACACCAGAGCUCUGUGGUCACUCGUCUCCUUCCUCGUUCUUUACACUCUGUCUUUUGCAUCCCUGAUCAGCAAUGGUGCAGGCUUCUUUACCACAGAGAGUGACUGGUACUGGCCCUGGCAAAUUUUAAUCUACCUGUGCACAUCUUUACAUCCCUUUAUCCUCAUUCUCAGCAACUUCAGGCUUCGUGGGGUGUUCAGGCAGCUACUUCUGCUGGCCAGGGGCUUCUAG